AUGGGAGAGAUUAAUUUGCACAUUGUGGAGCUGAAGAAGAUCGAUAUAGUGCUCGAUUAUGAUCUCGAUUCAAGUAAAGAAUGGAAACUGUUGGAGGGAGACAAGUGUUCGAUGUGUGGCGAUUUGGUCGGUGAAAUCCAACAAAUGGCGAUUUGUUUCGAGCCAGGAGGAAAAGAGCCUUGCAAAAAAGUCCAUAGCCAGUUAAAAAUUGCUGCUUGCACGAUGCAAUGUCCUCUCCAUCUAUCAGACGCCUUCGAAGUUCCUGCUACGGACGGCAUUCCUGAUCUUAUGACCAAACAUGACAUUUUCUGGCAAACUCAAGUCGUAACAGCCGGUGAUUCUUUGCGACUUUUGUGCCAGAGUAGAACGAAAAAGAGCUUGAUGAAUGCGCCUCUCGGCUGGGAAUUUUCACCAAAUGAUGGGACGAAAGCGAUUUCCCUUACAAGAAUGAACGGUUUUUCGAAGGAUCCGUAUCUUGGCUUUAUUUUACCAGACAACUCGUUGUUCAUCGAGCGACUGAAUUAUACCCACUCUGGAAUUUACAAAUGCAAGUUGAAAUGGGAAACGGUUUCAAUGUAUCUUGUUGAAGUCAACGGUCAAAUGCUCAGAUCGAGUCUAGAUUUCUUGGAAAACGUCGCUUUCUGGUCAGGAGCCUUCUUCUCGUUUUUCAUGUUCUUCUUGAUGGCAAUACCUGUUCUCUCAAGGAAGAAAAUGGGAAGUCUGGAAAAAGUUUACGCGUUUGCGCUGAAGAAGGCAAACCAAAAAGCGUUUGACAAGGAAAUGAUGGAAACGGCAAGACGAGAAGGGAUGGUGCUGUUUCGAGCGGAAGAGGAGGAAGAUCCCUAUUUGAAAGAAUACAACAAAGAGUACGACGAUAUUCCGCAAGAAAAUACGAGUGAAGAGACCACUCAUUGCUUCUCAAAAGCGGAGGCUCUCAGAGAGUCCCGAAAAGGAAGAUGUUUUUGUUCCUCCGAUAGUAUUUCCUCGACGAGAAAUAUUGGAAGAGACAUUACAAUCGGUGUUUUAACCUCUGGUGGCGAUGCUCAGGGCAUGAACGCUGCCGUCCGCGCCGUCGUUCGAAUGGGAAUUCACUGCGGUUCGGAUGUCUACGUCAUUCAAGAAGGCUACCAAGGACUGAUUGAGGGCGGCGACAAAAUCCACCGAACAAAGUGGUUCGACGUCUCGGGCAUCAUCGAACUUGGCGGAACAGUGAUCGGCUCCGCCCGAUGCAUGGGAUUCAAAGAACGCGAGGGUCGAAGAACUGCGUGUUUGAACUUAAUCAAACGGUCGAUCACCCAUUUGUGCGUUAUCGGCGGCGACGGUUCCCUCACCGGCGCGAACAAACUGCGAGAGGAAUGGACUUCCCUCGUGGAAGAGCUCCACAGUUUGAACAAAAUCACAGUCGAGCAAAAAGCGACGUACAAGAAACUCCACAUUGUCGGCAUCGUCGGCUCGAUCGACAAUGAUUUCUGCGGCACCGACAUGACGAUUGGCGCUGACUCGGCUCUCCACAGAAUCGUCGAUUGUGUUGAUUCGAUUGCGACGACUGCGCAUUCUCAUCAGCGAACAUUUGUUUUGGAAGUGAUGGGAAGGAAUUGUGGAUACUUGGCGUUGUGUGCGGCGCUUUCUUGUUGCGCCGAUUGGGUUUUGAUCCCGGAGAGUCCGCCAGAAGAAGGAUGGGAGAACCAAAUGUGUGAGCGGUUGAAUCGAGCUAGAGAGUACGGCAGUCGAUUGAACAUUAUUAUCGUCGCAGAAGGUGCAAUCGACCGAAAUGGCAACGCGAUUUCAGCUGAUUAUGUGAAAAAGAUCUGUACGGAGCGUUUGAACCAAGACACACGAGUUACCGUCCUCGGCCACAUCCAGCGUGGAGGCCGACCAUCUGCCUUCGAUCGAAUUCUCGGAACGCGAAUGGGUUGCGAAGCCGUUCUCGCGCUCCUCGAUUCUACCGACGAAACAGAAGCGGCAGUCAUCGCGUUGAAAGGAAACCAAAUGGUGAGAAUUCCAAUGAUGGAGGCGGUCGCUGAAACGCAAGAAGUAGGAAAAGCGAUUGCGGCAAAGAACUUCGCCCGAGCUAUCGAGCUCCGUGGACGAACUUUCAACAGGAAUUUAAAAAUGUGGCGUGAGCUGGGAACACGUGAUCCUUCAAUUCCACUCGACAGUGUUGGAAAAAAGAGAAUCGGAAUUGUGAACAUUGGCGCGCCAGCUGGAGGCAUGAAUGCGGCGAUCCGAGCAGUCGUCCGAACUUGCAUCAAUCAGAACCAAACGCCAGUAGUGAUCAAGGACGGAAUCGGAGGUUUAUUGACGCCGAACAAUGUCCACGAGUACAAAUGGUGGGAUGUGCGAAACUUUACCGCUCAUGGAGGUACUAGUGUCGGAACGUCGAGAAAAGUUCCAUCGAAUUUCGGAACAGCGAAGAUCAUCGAAGCCAUCAAAGGGUACAAACUUGAUGGUCUCUUGAUCAUUGGCGGCUACGAAGCUUGCACAGCAGCGAGAGAACUGAUGGAAGGAAAGCUCUCCAUCCCAGUCGUCGUGAUUCCUGCGACGAUUUCAAACAACGUCCCUGGCACUGAAUUCUCAAUUGGUCCAGAUACAUCGCUCAAUGCUAUCAUCGACGCUUUGGAUAAAGUGAAAACGUCUGCGGCUGGAACACGACGACGAGUUUUCAUCGUUGAAACAAUGGGUGGCUUUUGUGGAUAUUUGGCGACUAUUGCUGGAAUCGCUGCUGGAGCGGACUCCGUUUACAUCAAUGAAAUUCCUCAAGAUAUUUCUGAAAUUUCUCAGAACGUACGAAGCCUGAUCGAAAAAAUGAAAGGGCCAAUCAAGCGCGGCAUCGUCAUUCGAAAUGAAAAUUCUUCAAAGCACUACAACACCGAAUUCUUGCACAAUCUCUACGCCGCUGAGGGAAAGGGCGUUUUCGACGUGAGAACGAUCACUCUUGGCCAUAUUCAGCAAGGAGGUGCGCCUUCUCCCUUCGACAGAUCUUAUGGAACUAAAUGUGGACAUAAUGGAGCGAAGAAAAUUAUUGAAAUCUUGGAAAAAGGCGGCAAGCCGGAAGGAAAAGCCUACCUUGUUGGCAUGAACCGUCGUCAUAUGGACUUUACUGAACUCUCCGAUCUAAAAUCUAUCUCCGACUCUCCAAAACGCCGCCAAAAAUCCGAGGAGCAGUGGUGGAUCAAUCUCGUUUCCAUGCAGCGAAUCAUGGCGCACUAUCACAACCUCGACUAUCAUACUGAAGUUAUCGACGCUCCAAGACGAAGCGAAAUGGGCAAGCCGCCGAUGACGAUGCCAAUUCGUCCUCCAAGCGCGUUGGACACCGCCGGUUCCUUCAACUUUGACCCUCGUUUGCUCGGAGACUCCGAUGAAGACUCUGAUUAA